CGGGGCCUACGUGCGGGGCGGGACGGGGGCGGGGCGCACCGGGCGGCCUGAGCCGGAGCCUGAGGCGAGCUGAGCCCAGCUCCGCGAACGCCAUGCGUAGGGCCGAGCGCCGGGGCUGGGGCUGGAGCUGGAGACCGGGCCGAGGCCGGGACCGGGGGCCGGCGCAGCACCGAGUCCGAAGUCUACGACGACGGCACCAAUACCUUCUUCUGCGUUCUGAGCCUCAGCAGGAUGCCAGGGCGUCCUUUGUGCCAGGAGCGGUGCCGGGGGCUCUCAUGGACCCUGCGUUCCCACGGGGGAGACCUCACGUAGAAGGAAGCCCAGACGCCGGGGAGGGGGGAGAAAGGCGGGCCCACACCCUCACGGUCUUGUUCAUCCUCACCUGCGCCCUCGGCUACGUGACGCUCCUGGAAGAGACCCCUCAGGACACCGCGUACAACACCAAAAGAGGGGUUGUGGCCAGCAUCCUGGUGUUCCUGUGCUUCGGAGUCACCCAAGCGAAAGACGGCCCCUUCUCCAGACCGCACCCAGCUUACUGGAGGUUCUGGCUGUGCGUCAGCGUCGUCUACGAGCUCUUCCUCAUCUUCAUUCUGUUCCAGACGGUGCACGACGGGCGGCAGUUCCUGAAGUACAUCGACCCCAAGCUGGGCGUCCCCCUGCCCGAGCGCGACUAUGGCGGCAACUGCCUGGUCUACGACCCCGACAACGCCACCGACCCCUUCCACAACGUCUGGGACAAACUGGACGGGUUCGUUCCGGCUCAUUUCCUGGGCUGGUACUUAAAGACGCUGAUGAUCCGGGACUGGUGGAUGUGCAUGAUCGUCAGCGUGAUGUUCGAGUUCCUCGAGUACAGCCUGGAGCACCAACUGCCCAACUUCAGCGAGUGCUGGUGGGACCACUGGAUCAUGGACGUGCUUCUGUGCAACGGGCUGGGCAUCUACUGCGGCAUGAAGACGCUGGGCUGGCUCUCCCUGAAGACGUACAAGUGGCAGGGGCUGUGGAACAUCCCCACCUACAAGGGCAAGAUGAAGCGGAUCGCCUUCCAGUUCACGCCGUACAGCUGGGUGCGCUUCGAGUGGAAGCCGGCCUCCAGCCUGCGCCGCUGGCUGGGCGUCUGCGGCAUCAUCCUGGUGUUUCUCCUGGCGGAGCUCAACACCUUCUACCUGAAGUUCGUGCUGUGGAUGCCCCCCGAGCACUACCUGGUCCUCCUGCGCCUCGUCUUCUUCGUGAACGUGGGCGGCGUGGCCAUGCGCGAGAUCUACGACUUCAUGGACGACCCGAAAUUCCACAAGAAGUUCGGCCAGCAGGCGUGGCUGGUGGCGGCCAUCACGGCCACGGAGUUCCUGAUCGUGGUCAAGUAUGACCCGUACACGCUGACCCUGUCGCUGCCCUUCUACGUGGCGCAGUGCUGGAUCCUGGGCACCGUGCUGGUCCUCACCUGGACCGUCUGGCGCUUCUUCCUCCGGGACAUCACCCUCCGCUACAAGGAGAUCAGGAGGCAGAAGCAGGAGAGCAGGAGUGAGGCGGAGCGAGCGGCGGGCGGCAGCGAAGGCCUUUCUCCGCCGCAGGAGGAGCGGGCCAGAGACGGGGACCUGUGAGCAGCCGCCCGCCCCCCACCCUGGGUGUGCGCUGCCCCGACCCCCAAGGGGGCUGAGGCCGGGGGAAGGAGGCGGCUCCCGGCGGCCCACAGGAGCCAGGCCUGCCGGGGCCUGCCGGGCCCCCGAGUCCACCCCAUAGGAGGGGGAGGCCCCCAACCAGGGGCUCGAACCCAAGACCGGCUUCUCCGUUGCAGCCUGCACCCGGGCUGUUGGCGUCCUUUUGCCCAAACUGGGCCCCAAUAAAGAAAUGAAGGAAAGAA